CCCGCACCCCCACGAACUCACACCUAUACAUACAGCACACACAUAUAAACCCUCACCAUUACCACCAUUUUCACCAUUACCAAACAUUUCUUCUAAACCCCACCUCUCAAAAUCCCUUCUUUAAUAACCCCUUUUCAUUUGAUCGGAAAAAUCAAGAAAAUGGCUGAAGUAACAAAGAAAAUAGCUGAAGAAACAACCCCAGAAGUUGUAGUUUCUGAAACACCUCAACCUGAACCUGAAAAGUUGCCUGAGUCACCGGAAAAACAACCUGCUCCGGUCACCGGUGAAACCAACGUUGAAGAUGAAAAGGAAAAGGAGAAAGACCUUGUUGGUGAAUCCAAUUCAUUUAAGGAAGAAAGUAACAAAGUUGAUGAACUCCCUAAUCCUGAACAAAAAGCAUUAGCUGAAUUCAAACAGUUAAUUCAAGAAGCUCUUAACAAACAUGAAUUCACCACUCCUCCACCACCACCAUCGCCGCCGUCAACCACCGCACCGGAAAAUCAAGAAUUGGAGAAAAAUGAGGAAAAAGUGACACCACCGGAAAAGCAAGAAACUCCGGCGGCGGAACCGGUGGAAACGGUGGCGGAACCGGCGGAAAUGGUGGAGGAACCGGUGGCUACGGCGGAGGAACCGGUGGCGAAGGUGGAGGAACCGGUGGCGAAGGUGGAGGAGAAGGUGGAGGCAGUUGAAGAAAUCAAGGAAACAAUUGUUGAAGUAACUGCCACGGUGGCAGAGGAACCAAAAAUGGAGGACACGUCAUCACCACCAGCACCACCACCAGAAGAAGUAUCUAUAUGGGGAAUACCACUUUUAUCAGAUGAGAGAAGUGAUGUAAUACUUCUCAAGUUCCUAAGAGCAAGAGAUUUCAAGGUGAAAGAAGCUUUGUCCAUGUUGAAAAGUGUUGUUGCAUGGCGAAAAGAGUUCAAGAUUGAUGAACUUUUAGAUGAGGAAGAAUUAGGAAAAGGACUUGAAAAAGUUGUGUACAAUCAUGGUGUGGAUAAAGAAGGUCACCCUGUUUGUUACAAUGCAUUUGGUGAGUUCCAAGAUAAGGAAUUGUACCAGAAUACUUUUGCUGAUAAGGAGAAGCUUACCAAGUUCCUUAGAUGGAGAAUUCAGUUUAUGGAGAAGUCUAUCAGGAAUCUUGAUUUCAGUCCUGAUGGUAUUUGCACUUUCGUCCAAGUCAUUGAUCUUAAGAAUUCACCUGGACUUUACUUUUUCAAGAAAGAGCUUCGUCAGGCUACCAACCGUGCUCUUCAAUUGCUCCAGGAUAACUACCCUGAAUUUGUUGCCAAGCAGGUGUUCAUCAAUGUACCAUGGUGGUACCCAGCUUACUACAGGAUGAUAAAUGCAACUUUCACUACAAGGACCAAGAGCAAGUUUGUUUUUGCUGGUCCUUCAAGAUCUGCUGAGACCCUUUACAAAUACAUAGCCCCUGAACAAGUACCAGCACAAUAUGGUGGACUUAGCAAGGAGGGUGAACAAGAAUUCACCACUGCUGAACCUGCCACAGAGGAAAUCAUUAAGCCAGCUUCUAAACACACCAUUGAAUUCCCAGUUACUGAGAAGGGCACAUUGGUUUGGGAAGCAAGAGUGACAGGUUGGGAUGUGUCUUAUGGAGCUGAAUUUGUGCCCAGUGCUGAAGGUGGAUACACCAUUCUCAUAGAGAAAUCAAGAAAGGUUGGUGCAAAUGAAACAAUGAUCAGCACUACCUACAAGGCAGGUGAACCAGGCAAGGUGGUGAUCACAUUUGACAACCAAAGUUCUAAAAAGAAGAAACUUGUUUACAGGUCCAAGAACAAGGUCUCAGAUUGCUGAGGCUUAUUUUGUUCUUGCAUAGAAUUUUUCUUUUGGUUCUAUGGUUGAUAUGAACUAUUAUUUUGGGGUUUUGGGAAAUUUAUUUAAUAUCUUGUUGGGAUUAUUUGUGAAUUUCUUUUUUGUUGUUGGAUUGUUUUUAUUUUAAAUUAUAUGGAAAACAUUGUAAGCGGAUGGAAUGGAGAACAUAUGUGAAAUGGACAGAAAAGUGGUUGAAAUGUGGACAGAA